AGCGCAUCAGGGUGAAAUUCGAAGAGAAAGCGGUGAGGAAGCGGAGGUUCGAAGGAUUCGAGGAACUGUCGUGCUACAAGGCUACUCAGGGAGCAGGUGAACGCCCGCAUAUGGACUUGGGAGCUUUCAACGCUUAUCUGGAGAGCCACGACCUCAAGUUCGCUUUUCGAGAGCUCUUCGACAUGGAAUCGAAGUGAAGUUUGUCCAAGCAAUUACGAACAAUCCGUUCGAAGCCCCAGCACAAGGAUCAUGAGACUAUUCCUCAUCGCCGUCGGCAAACAAGUCUCUGCGGUAACGCAGAAGCUGUUCGGGAAACAUCUUCUGAUAACCAACGCCGUCAUCUCGACCGGGAUGGGAAUCGCUGGAGACGGGGUGCAGCAGUAUUACGAAGUCUCCAGAGGAUACCAAGAGAGUUUCCAAAUGAAACGCUCCUCCCACAUGGCGGCUGCCGGCUUAACGACGGGUGUCGUGACUCAUUAUUGGUAUGCCUUGCUGGACCGUUGGUGGCAGGGUCGUUGCGUCAAAGUUAUCGCUCAGAAGGUCCUAUAUGACCAAAUUCUAUUCUCGCCUGUUUGCCUGACCGUCUACUUCGGGACUGUUGCUGCCCUCGAGGGCUCGAGCAUGGGUGAAUUCAAGGAGGAACUAGCGGACAAAGGCGGAACAGUUUAUGUUGUCGAAUGGCUCGUGUGGCCGAUCGCUCAAGCAUUCAACUUCUAUUACUUACCUUUAAGAUACCGUUUAGCUUUUGACACUGUUAUCUCUUUCGGGUUCGAUGUUUUCACGCCCUAUAUAAAGUACCGGGAUCAAAGAUGUUUGGGAGUUUCCGAGACGAACGAAAACCGGAGCCCCUCCGAUAUUCAUGGUAUCUAAUUCAUUGGAGCCUUCGAGUUGCCGUUCUUUGCCCCUCGGACUCAUGGGAGACAAUCCUGUCAGAUCGCUGAUCCAUCGAGAGGUCAGAAAGCGAGACCCAGAAUAAAUCAUCUUGUGUUUUUUCUUGAGA